UCUCGCGCGGGGCAUGAUGGGAGUCGUAGUCCUUCGGCGCUUUUCCUUCUCGGGUGUAAUGGCGGCGCCGGAGCUGCUGUCGGACGAGGGGUUCCGCGGCGAUGGGCGCCGCCCCGCGGAGCUCCGUCAGAUCCGCGCCCGUAUGGGCGUCUUCUCGCAGGCGGACGGUUCGGCCUAUAUCGAACAGGGGAACACCAAAGCCCUCGCGGUCGUCUAUGGACCCCACGAGAUCCGUGGCUCCCGGUGGAAAGCGCUUCCGGAUCGGGCGUUGGUGAACUGCCAGUACAGUCUGACCACCUUCAGCACCGCCGAGCGCCGGCGCCGCCCCCACGGAGACCGCGGCUCCGUGGAAUUGGCCGCGAUGCUCAAGGAGACCUUCGAGGCCACCAUCCUCACUCGGCUCUUCCCGCGAUCCCAGAUCGACAUCUACGUCCAGGUGCUCCAAGCGGACGGUGGGAAUUACUGCGCCGGCGUCAACGCGGCGUCGUUGGCGGUGAUGGACGCCGGCAUUCCGGUGCGGGAUUUGGUCUGCGCCAGUUCGGCGGGAUUAGCCGAGGACAUUCCCUUGGCCGACCUGAGCGGUUCCGAGGAGGCAUCCGGUGCUCCCAAGGUGUUGGUGGCUUUGCUUCCGGCAGCCGGAACGAUGGCAUUGCUCCAACUCAGCGCUCGGCUCCAUCAGGAACGCUUGGAAACGGCGUUGGAUGCGGCAACCAAGGCUUGCCGGGCGCUCCACGCCGUCCUGGAGAGCGUGGUGCGGGAACGGCUGAGGGAAGGGAUGGCGCUGCUCGCGGAGUGAAGAGAGGGAUCCCGGGACCGGGAUUGGGAUUACGGCGAAGGAACAAACACGGACCACGUUGAUCAUUCCAAGAUCCCGUUGAUCCCUCACUGGAAAUUCCCACACGGCUCCCGACAGUCCCUCAUCCAAACGUCCACCAUGGGUUUUUCUCCUUCCAACCUCCCUUUUCCAUGGUUUUGUGCCUCCUUGUGUUUUUCCAGCGCCGUUGAUCCGUGUUUUCCUGCCUCUUUGGUUUCUUCCGCCGAUGGAGAAGACGUUGGUUCUUCUCCGUCCGAUGGUUCGAUGGAUAUUAAAUGUCCCAAAGACCCUCAUGGACGGCGUCUCU